GCACCGCCUGCCGCCGGGGACGCGCCUUCCUCCUCCGGUUCUCCCCCACCCUCCGGCAUCGUCGCCGCCGCCCCCUCCUUCCCACCCUCUGCAUCCCCACUCCUCCCGCCGCAGCCAGCUCUAAGAUGCCCCGCUAUGAACUGGCUUUGAUCCUGAAAGCCAUGCAGAGGCCUGAGACUGCAGCUGUGCUGAAGCGCACUGUUGAGGCUCUUAUGGAGAGAGGAGCCAUUGUGAGGAACCUAGAAAACCUGGGAGAAAGGUCUCUACCUUAUAAAAUCUCCAAGCACAAGGAGCGCCACAGAAGAGGAGGGUAUUUUUUGAUAGACUUAGAGGGCCCACCUUCGAUUGUAUCGACCAUGAUGGAUCAUUUAGGACGUGACAUUGAUGUAAUUAGACGUGCUUUUAUAAAGCAUCCUGUAUCACAGACAGAAGAAUGCAGUGGCAUAAUCCCAGUCAACUGUGAAGAUAAACUAAUUGCCAAGAAGAAGUGAAUAUUCCAAAUAGCAUGUUUGAAACUUUUUUUAAAAAAAAAAAAUUAUUCCUGCUUUGGAAAACAAAUGUGAUAACUAAUGUCCAUCAAAAAUAAUCAGUUUUGGCCAUGUUAUGUGUGUGGUAUAGUAUACUAUCUUAUUGUAACAUUUGAGGUUUCUUUUUGUUUCAAAUCAUUUGAAUAGACAUAAUCUGUAUGUUUAUCUUGAUAUUUGACAACUCUGAAAAUUGAUUUUCUUUUCUCUUAGAGCAUUACAUUGAUAAUAAAGAUUUAUCCAUCAUUAGAAUGCUAAAAAUAGCAUUCUUUUCUAAAGACAGAUUACUUCAGAAUAUGUAUAUUUACAUGAGAGAUUAACAAGUCUACAGUGUAAAUAUAGUGGUAUAGGAUGUGAUUUGUUGGAGGGUUUUUUUUGCUUGUUUUUGGAAAAAGGUAAUAAAAGCGUGAUUAAA